GGUCAAGUUCACAUAAACAAACACAGAGUGGGCAUGAAAUCAUAAUACUUUAGGUUAUACAUGUAAACACUGCGUAAGACAACAAAGACAAUGACGUUAGCCAGCACAGUUCGCGUUCAGGGCUUUUAUCUAGUUUCUAACUGCAAUCGCUUACCAGCUGUUAUCAAUAGACCUUUUUCUGCUGCCAUAAUGUUACAGUCAAGAAAAGGGAAAUUCCACCACCUUCCCACUACCGUGAGAAAAUAUGCCAAUGAUAAAGAGGCUGGCAGAGCCACUAGGAAAAACCGAUCAAAGGAACAGAGGGUUAUGAAUAGGGCUUACAGAAGGGUGCCAUUUGACGAGCGAUAUAUCGUGACAGGAAAGCACACAGGGCCGCACAUCGAGGGAGGAUCUGAGGAGGCUCAACAAAGAACUGCUCUCCACAUGGCUCGACAAGCUGGCUUUUUCUCCAAAAAUGGCAACUUUGUCCAUGUGAAGCAAAUGCAUCCAGAAUUUAUUGUACCAGACCUUACUGGGUUUAAGUUGCAGCCCUACGUUCCAUACCUGAUGGACAACAUAGAGAGACCUAAGUUUACAGCCAAGGAUCUGUUUGAAGAAUACUAUCAGGCCGGAGUUCAAGACGAGGUGGAUAAGGAGUUUGAACAACUGAAACUUGAAAAGAUGAAGGAUGAGAAGAAAUCAUGACCAUCAUAAUAACAUCUGUCAAUAUUUUCUCAUUUCUUAUUGUUCUGAUUUAAGAAUAAAUGUUUUCAUGGGUU